GGUGGAGGAGGGCGGGAAGAGCGGAGGAGGCGUGGUGUCGGGGCUCGGCGUCUCGUUGCUUUGCGCUGGUUUCUGUGAAGCCGCAACGUUUUGACUUGAGAUUUACAACUGAAAAUGGUCUGACCGUGAGGGAGAGACGAGCCAACGAGAGAGAGAGAGAGCGCGCGAGCGAGCGAGUCAGCGAGCGACGGUUACGGCGUUGUUCAAAGCUGUCCGCGUGCACCUGACUGGGGCGGACGGCUCGAGCGCAGGGCAUAGCUGCGGAUGGCGUAAAUCUUCAAGGGCAAGUUGGCAAAGGAAGGGCUUGACCAAAGAACAGAACGUCAACUGAUCCGGUUGGAGAUUUUCUGGCUGCGGAGUGCGAAUUUGAGGUUCCUGUGUGACAUUUGGAAGCGGAAAUCAUGCCGGCAUUAUCAACAGGUUCUGCGAAUGAUGCAGGUCUGUAUGAACUGUUGGCCUCUUUGCCAACCCAGCUGCAGCCACAUGUGAACAGCCAGGAGGACCUGACCUUCCUACGGGAUAUGUUUGGUGAAAAAAGCCUUCAUUCACUGGUGAAGAUCCAUGAGAAGCUUCAGCAAUACGAGAGGCAGAGCCCGGCGCCCAUUCUUCAGGACGCAGCCAUUUUGGCAGAUGAUCUCACUGAAGACCUGCACAGCACACCAAUGAACAGUGAGAUCAGAGAGCUCGUGAAACUUCUGUCAAAACCCCAUCUCAAGGCUCUACUAUCUGUUCAUGACACAGUGGCUUCGAAGAAUUAUGACCCUGUGUUACCCCCAAUGCCUGAUGACCUCGAUGAUGAUGAAGAUUCAGUGAAAAUCAUUCGUCUUGUCAAAAACAAAGAGCCACUGGGAGCAACAAUAAGAAGAGACGAACAAACCGGUGCGAUUGUUGUGGCAAGAAUCAUGCGAGGAGGGGCUGCCGACAGAAGCGGGCUCAUUCAUGUUGGGGACGAGCUGAGGGAAGUUAAUGGAAUUGCAGUUGAAGAUAAAAGGCCUGAAGAAAUCAUUGAGAUUUUGGCUCAGUCACAAGGAGCAAUAACUUUUAAAAUAAUCCCUGGCAUCAAAGAGGAGACAGAAGUGAAAGAAACCAAGAUGUUUGUCAGGACCCUGUUUGACUAUGAUCCUAACGAGGAUAAAGCUAUUCCAUGUAAAGAAGCUGGGCUUUCUUUCAAGAAGGGAGAUAUCCUUCAGAUCGUCAGCCAAGAUGAUGGAACCUGGUGGCAAGCCAAGCGCGAGUGUGAUGCCAAUCUGAGAGCAGGUCUAAUCCCUUCAAAGCAGUUCCAGGAGAGGAGAUUUGCACUUAGAAGACCUGUAGCAUUUGUUCAACCACAAAGGAAUUCCAGUAGACGAUCAUAUGAGGAAACUGUUGAGAGUGAGGAAACUGAAGAAGAUGCUGAAUAUGGUGGCGUUAUCAACGGACUCUAUAUAGCUGGCUUCAGAAGAAGUUUUCGACUGAGCAGAAAAGACAGGAAGAUGAAUAAAUCCAUGUACGAAUGUAAAAGAAGUGAACAGUACGACACUGCAGAUGUUCCAACCUAUGAAGAAGUGGUCUUUUACCAGCGGCAGCCCAGCGAGAAGUACAGGCUCGUUGUCUUUGUUGGUCCUCCAGGAGUAGGGUUGAAUGAGCUGAAGAGGAAACUACUGAUUAGUAGUUCACAACACUAUGGUGUAACAAUUCCACAUACAACGAGGCCAAAGAGAAGCCAGGAGACUGACGGAGUGGAAUAUCAUUUCACUUCCAAGCACUUGUUUGAGACAGAUGUACAAAAUAACAAGUUUAUUGAACAUGGAGAAUACAAAAGCAACUUGUAUGGAACAAGCCUAGAUUCUGUUCGAUCUGUGCUGGCCAAGAACAAAGUGUGCCUGUUGGAUGUACAAUGUCAUACAAUAAAACAUCUGAGGACGUCGGAAUUUAAACCAUAUGUGAUAUUCAUCAAGCCACCGUCACUUGAACAUCUUCGUGAAACCAGGAAGAAUGGAAAAAUCAUUUCAAGUAAAGAUGAUAAAGGCUCCUCUAAACCAUUUGCGGAAGACGACUUUCAGGAAAUGAUCAGAUCUGCAGAGUUGAUCGAAGCCCAACACUCGCAUCUCUUUGACAAAAUUCUAAUAAACGGUGACCUUUCUACUGCAUAUAAUGAGCUCAAAUCUACAUUAGGCCACCUGGAGUCGGACGCUUUCUGGAUUCCAAUCAACUGGCUACAUUCAUAAAACUAUAAAAGGGAAUCAUAAUAAUAUAACUGGACAUUGUUUUUAAACCUCUAAUAUUCAUGAUCAUUCCCAGAAGAGUGGACAGUGCUUUGAAGUAAAACAUUGCCACUUUUUUUUGCACUUUUAAUGUCCAAUAGCAAACCAUGUUGCUUCUGCUAAUCAUGAGCUUUUAUCUACCUGAAAGGAGCAGUGCUAAAACAGUUUCAGUACUUGGGGAAUAUAUGUAGACACUUUCUGUUUUUACUACUGAUGUUCAAACUUGUAGAUUGUCUUCUGUGGUGACAGGGAUAUUAUUUUUUAAAACUCUGAAAUCUUAAGUGUAUUUUAGUAAAUUAUGGGUGGUAUUAGUUUUAAAUUAGAGAAUAUAUGGUUCAAAUUGCUGAUGAAGAAAGUACAUGGAGGCAGGAAGCAUUCAUAAGUCAUGUGAUGGCAGACAUCAGCUGGAGGUUCAUGUGUCUUGUACAGAGGAAAUCGUAUGAGAAACACUACAUUAGAAGAAAAUUGGAAACUUUUAAGUUUUUGCCAUGUUAACGAUGUGAUUAAGUGUGUGUUAAUGGUAUUGGUUGUUAUUAGGUAUAUGAAACCUGGUAUUAAAUCAUGCUCGACAUUCCAUGUAAAUUUACCUCACUAAUUUGUGCUGAUAAUGCCAUGAGCAGUGCACUGUAACUGUAUUUUGACUGGUGGGAUGCGAUGGUUAUGUACAUUCAAGUUUUAUUAUAUCCUGAUAAUUUCUCAACUCAAAACUAUUCAACUUAUAUGCAUCUGUUUUAAAUCCCAUGUACUCCAAAUUAAUAAUUUACCAAACUCCGUUUCAGUGUGGUGUUUUAGUGUGAGGUUUAGGUGCUUCUUAUAUGUCGAGCAUCUCGAAGAGAAAGUUGUUGAAUCGUAAUGUGCAAUCUUAAGUGGAUUUGAACUGUUUCUGCAGUAUCUAUAAAUAUUAAAAUCUUGACUUGUAUUACCUUUAA